AUGUUUUUCUCAAUUAAAAUUGUAGGCCAUGUCCUACAACGGGGCGAUUGUCCACUUGUAGAGCCGAUGGCCGACUUUGAGAUCGACCAGUUUGUCGGCCAAUGGUAUGUCAUACAAAAGUUUCAAUCAUACAGUGAUUGUGUGCGCGAAAAUUUUACCAUGAUACAACAAAAUCAAUAUAUUGUUACCCGACAGUUCAAUGUACUGGGAUCGCCUAUUUUGACAACAGUAACUGGUAAAAUAAUUUUCCCAAAAAAUGAGUCAAAAUCGGAAAUGUCUAUCGACUAUCCGCUAUCGGCUUCGGGAGUGGUCAACAUCAGACAGUAUACAGUAUUGGCCACCGAUUACGACAACUAUGCACUCGUAUGGAACUGUAAGCCUCUGGUCAUUCGGCACCGACAGUCGGCACAGAUUAUGUCUCGUCGGCCUAAACUCGAUCCGAAAAUUGUCGACGAGCUCAGGGAGUUGUUGCGCGAGUUCAACAUCAACGACCACUAUCUGACUAAUGUUUCGCAAUCGCACUGUCCAUCAUCGGUGGACACCAGCGACCAGUCUAUGACAACAAAUGAUAACACUGUUAACAACAACAACAUCGACGACAACAACAACAGCGACAUAAGCACUGAUAUUUAA